UUAUCCCAAAUCUGGAGCAAGGUAUGGAGCUUUAUUAGGCCAUACGCUUAAACCUCUCAGAGAAUCUUCUGGUUCCCCAUAUAUAUCUAACCAUCCCAAUAGGAGUACUAUCUAGUAGUUGUUCCAAGAGCACUAUGGAAUUUACAAUUGAGGAUGCAGAUCUGCAUACCAUUAAGAAAAACUUGUUCAAUUAUGCCAUGCAAGGCAAAUGGAAUGAAGUUGUCAACAUAUGCAGGCAACAGCCAAGGGCUCACAAGGCUGAGAUCGUUGUAUCUGGAGACACUGCAUUGCAUGUUGCGGUUUCAGAAGGCAAAGAAAGUAUAGUUGAGGAACUAGUUGAGUUGAUCAGAGAAACAGAUCUGGAUGCUCUGGAGAUGAGAAAUGAGCAAGGGAACACCCCUCUCCAUUUAGCUGCAUCAAUGGGAAAUGUUCCCAUAUGCAAGUGUUUGGCUGGUAAGCAUCCGAAACUGGUUGGUGUCCGCAACCAUGAAAAUGAAACGCCCGUCUUCUCAGCUGUCCUUCAUGGUAGGAAAGAUGCUUUCCUCUGCCUUCACAAAAUAUGUGACAGGACCAAACAGUAUGAGUACAGUCGAAGGGCCGAUGGCAAAACUAUUCUUCACUGUGCCAUAUUUGGAGAAUUCUUAGAUUUAGCAUUCCAAAUAAUAUAUCUGUAUGAAGAUUUUGUUAGUUCUGUUGAUGAGGAAGGGUUUACUCCACUGCAUCUCCUGGCUGGUAAGCCCAGUGCAUUCAAAAGUGGUACUCACCUCAGCUGGAUCAGCAAUAUCAUUUAUCAAUGUCUAAUUGUCGAGAAGCUGGAGAAAAAUGAGGGCUACAAUCAUUUCAACAGAACUUCUGAUGACAAGAAACCCUGGUAUCCAGACAACUAUGGAACUUGUAUGAGUUUCUGGAAGAUAAUUAAAGUACCAGGUAUGUGAUAUGUUGAAGGAGACUCAAAUAUUCAAUUAGCUUCAAGUUACUGCACAAGUCAAGAAGAUGUAUGGCUAAGUGGUCCAAA